UCCCGCACUUCCGACUCCACUCAGAACCAGCGCCACAGAGAUAAAAACUUGUUCCUUUGAUUUGCACGAGACUCGAAGCCCGGAAAUUAGAAAAGGUUAAAAUCCCCAUUGGAUAGAGUGGUUGUGUGUCCGAAACUUACUUUUACUCCGUCUUCGAAGAAUCCAAGACAAAGCUUUGGAUUUGAUACACUCAACUGAGUAAAGGGCCAGGAGAAGAUCGUUCUGCUGUCAAGUGAGGAGUAGGUCACCUAAUGCUAAUUAAAAAGUGAAUCAACUUAAGUAUGAAAGAGACUGGCAAGAGAAGAAAUUCAGCUAAUGUCCAAUCGAAGCGCUCUGGAAGAACUGAAAGGAAAAAUAAUAAGCCACAUCAAGAGGCUGGUAGCAAAACUUUGAAUGUGAAAGAAACUGAAUCCAAAGCUUUGAAAGCUAGACCAGACAAUAGUUCCUUAGUAAGUGAUUCAAAUGCAGGCUCUGAGCCCUCUGAAGUUUAUGAAAACGUGGUUAUACAUUAUGUGGAUGAUGUUAACAGGUCUGAAGAAAUAUCUCGAGAUUCAAAAACUAAUGCAACGACCAAUAAAGUAAAAAAGGAUGAGAUUUUAGAUGAUCGCUCCAGUGACAUGGAGGGAGAAACAAGUCAGGGAAAGGAAGGAGAAUCAGAUUCUGAGACAAUAAAAGAUUCAGUAUCAUCUCAAGGAGAUCCCUGGACAGCUGAGGAUGAGAAAGGAGAGAGUGUUUCUGGAGUUCCAAAAGUUGUCUCCAAUGGCAACCUCUCAGAUAGCUCUUCUCGUGGAUCCAGAAUGGGAUCUGAGCCUGAAACGAAUAAAUUACGCUCAAAGGCAUUGAAUAAUACUUCUAAGAAAUCUGAAAAAUCUAAUGGAGGGCCUACUAAGGAUGCUACCAAGAGUUCUUUAGAAAAAAAUUCCAAAACCUUGAAAGUUUCUGGUAAACCUUCAUCAGAGUCUUCAGAAAUAUCUAAUGACAAGCAUGCUGAAGAGGUAAAAGAAAUUGAUGUUUUGGAUGAGACAUCAAAUGGCACUCAAAGUUUCGGAAGUGAAAGUGAACCUGUUGAUGCUGAAGACAAAUUUCAAGUUGAAGAUGAGUCAGCUUUAAAUGAAAAGAUAGAAGAGAUGGAGACAAGAAUUGAGAAACUUGAAGCAGAGCUGAGAGAAGUAGCUGCCCUGGAAAUUUCUCUUUACUCUGUUGUACCAGAGCAUGGGAGCUCAACACAUAAAGUGCACACACCUGCUCGACGCCUUUCUAGACUCUACAUACAUGCUUGCAAGCAUUGGACCCAAAACAAGCGAGCCACAAUUGCUAAAAACUCAGUGUCUGGGCUUAUUUUGAUUGCUAAAUCUUGUGGUAAUGAUGUUUCGAGGUUAACCUUCUGGUUAUCAAACACCAUAGUGCUGAGGGAGAUCAUUUCUCUGGCAUUUGGCAACUCAUGCAACUCAAGUCCACUUACACGGCUUCCUGAGUCAAACGGCAGUAACAAACGGAGUGAAGUAAAGCCUCCAACUCUAAAAUGGAAAGGUGGUGCUGGUAGUAAACACGUAAAUGGUUUUGUGCAGCUUGUUGAUGAUUGGCAAGAAACAGGAACCUUCACAUCUGCACUGGAAAAAGUGGAAUCUUGGAUAUUUUCUCGAAUAGUCGAGUCAGUAUGGUGGCAGGCUCUUACUCCGCAUAUGCAAGCUCUUCAUGAUGGUUCAUCUGCUAGCAGAACAGUUGGAAAGUUAUUGGGGCCAGCCUUGGGUGACCAACAGCAAGGAAGUCUUUCUAUCAACCUGUGGAAAAAUGCUUUCCAAGAUGCUUUUCAUCGACUUUGUCCUGUUAGAGCAGAAGCACAUGAGUGUGGUUGCUUGCCAGUCAUCGCAAGAAUGGUUAUGGAACAGUGUAUUGCAAGACUAGAUGUUGCAAUGUUCAAUGCUAUUCUGAGAGAGUCAGCCCAUGAGAUCCCAACAGAUCCUGUGUCUGAUCCUAUUGUAGAUUCAAAGGUUCUGCCUAUUCCAGCUGGAGAUCUUAGCUUUGGAUCUGGUGCACAGCUGAAAAAUUCUGUUGGUAAUUGGUCAAGAUGGCUGACUGAUAUGUUUGGCAUGGAUAGUGAUGAUGCUUUAAAAGAAGACCAGCCUAACAGUCAAGAUGAUUUCAAACAAAAUGGAGAUGGAGAAUCUAAAUCCUUCCUUUUCCUUAAUGCCCUGAGUGAUCUUCUAAUGCUUCCAAAGGACAUGCUAAUGGACCGUUCAAUCAGAAAUGAGGUGUGCCCAUCAAUAGGUCUUCCGUUGGUGAAACGCAUUCUUUGCAACUUCACUCCAGAUGAAUUUUGUCCUGAUCCUGUUCCAGGAGCUGUAUUGGAAGCCCUGAAUGCUGAGAGUAUUGUUGAGCGGAGAUUAUCAGGGGAUUCAGCGAGGAGUUUCCCUUAUACAGCUGCCUCAGUUGUGUACACUUCUCCGUCCUCGGCAGAUGUGGCAGAAAAAGUUGCAAAGGCAGGAGGGAAGUCGCAGCUGUCAAGGAAUGCAUCAGUGGUACAGAGGAAAGGAUAUACCAGUGAUGAGGAACUGGAGGAAUUGGAUUCUCCACUUGCAUCAAUAAUAGACAAAUUGCCAUUAUCUCCAACAAUGGUUGGCAACGGAAGAGUAAAUGGAAAACAUGAGCAUGAAGGCUAUGGAGCUGCAAAUGCAAGAUAUGAACUCCUGCGUGAGGUAUGGUCUGCGUGAGGGUUUAAGUUAGUUCUUUGUGUAUAUCUCUCGUGUUUUGUAGGUGAGGAAAACAAAGAAAAAAAAAAUCAGGGGAGAAAAGUGUUUAGAUGAUUCAAAGUUUUAGAAUUAUUAAGCAUGGCCUAAUGGCUUGAAUGUAUAGUUGGAAGAAGUCGCUUUGCCUUUUGCUGAUUAAAAUCAACUGCAAUAUGAUUUCAUUAUAUAGAAUAAAUAGCUUUUUCUUUUUAUUAUUUUCCCUGAAUAUUUAUUGUUCAGUGUAUAAUCCAGUCAUUGGAAGGAUGAAUACAGAAGUGUCAACCUUUUUUCCUCCCA